CAUUACCUACUUAACAAAAAAACACACAUAUUCUUCACUUCCUCAAUAAAAAAGCUCCUCCCUUUAGUUUGUACACAAAUCAACAGAAAAAAAAAAAAAAAAUCAAAGACCCAAUCUCUGGAUGACAAUCCUUCCCCAAACUUCUUAACAAUAUAUUCAUUUAAGAUCAAAAAGAAGAACACUUUACUUUUUGAACACUCUGUUAUAAUGCCAGAAAGUCUAGAACAGAGUCUUUUGUGUACAGAGACCACCAACGUUGGCGAUGAAGAGAAGGGCAUGAUUGUUGACAAAGUUCUGAUUUCUCAGAUGGGCUUUCCGUUGGAGAGCGAAGAGAUUAUCAGAGAGAUGAUGGAGAAGGAGAAGCAGCAUUUGCCAAGUGAUGAUUACAUCAAGAGACUCAGAAGUGGAGAUUUGGAUUUGAAUGUGAGAAGAACAGAAGCUCUGAACUGGAUUUGGAAGGCUUGCGAAGAGCACCAGUUUGGACCAUUGUGUGUUUGCUUAUCAGUGAACUACUUGGACCGGUUCUUGUCGGUCCAUGAUCACCCUAAUAUUGACAAAGCUUGGACAAUGCAGCUGCUGGCUCUGGCUUGUUUAUCAUUAGCAGCCAAAGUUGAAGAAACUGAAGUCCCAUUGUUAAUAGAUCUUCAGGUUGGAGAUCCCCAGUUUGUGUUUGAGGCUAAAUCAAUCCAAAGAAUGGAGCUUUUGGUGUUGAACAGAUUGGAAUGGAGAUUGAGAGCGAUAACUCCAUGCUCAUACAUAAGAUAUUUCCUGAGAAAGAUGAGUAAAUGUGAUCAAGAACCAUCCAACACAUUGAUAUCCAGAUCACUACAAGUGAUAGUCAGCAAAACCAAAGGUAUUGGCUUUUUGGAUUUUAGACCUUCUGAAGUUGCUGCUGCAGUGGCACUUUCUGUUUCUGGAGAAAUGCACACAGUUCACUUUGAAAACUCUCCUCUUUUCUCACUACUUCAAAAGGAGAGUGUGAAGAAAAUUGGGGAUAUGAUAUGGAGUGAUGGCUCAGGCUUAUGUUCACAAACACCAAAUGGGGUUUUAGAAGCAUCAGCUUCUUGUUAACCAGGAUGGGUUCGGGCCUUCGGCCUUAAUCCCCACUAGAUCCGGGGCCGGCCUGUGCUGAUACCGAUAACAUGGCGUAAAGCAUCCCUCCCCAUAGGAAUCGAACUAGGGGUGCAAUGGAACCUAUUCCAAGCACUAAACCACUAGCCCAACGCAUCUUGGGUUAUAUCAACUUCUUGUUUCAGCUUUAAGACUCAUGAUUCUUCUUCUUCCUCCCAUACGCAUCGUUCCUAAAUUUCUAUGUUCUUAUAAACGAAUUUGUUAUUAUUAUUAUUAUGUGUG